AAGAGGGUGGAGGGCUCAUAUCUCAUGCCGAUGCCGGCGGAAUACCGCGAGACCCACGGGAACCACGAGAGCACAAAUUUCGGGCUCGCGGCUACUGCCGCACAGGACGCCAGCAACAUGACGGCCAACAUGUACCGGGUGGGAGAUUAUGUGUAUUUUGAAACAUCAUCAACAUCUCCUUACCAAAUCCGAAGAAUAGAAGAAUUGAAUAAGACGGCCAGUGGUAAUGUGGAAGCAAAAGUUAUGUGCUUCUUCAGGCGGAGGGAUUUACCAUCGACCUUGAUUAUGCUUGCAGACAAGCACCAGUUGGCGAGCGUGGAGCAGCAGAGGUCCGAAUCUCCUGCAAGCACGCAGAGUCAAAAACUAGAGAAUCCAGAUGUGUCUAAGGAAAUGACUAGUAAAGAUGGGAUUGGACAGAAAGUGAUGAACAAAGGGCCUGGUAAAGGUGGCUGGCUCAAAGCCCCACUAUCGGAGGCCCCCGAUCCUCAUGUGUUGAAUACAGGUGUGGAGAAAGACGUUGCCAAUGCAAGCGGUGUUGCCGAAUUAAGUACAAAGCAACGUCACCAAAUGAAACACCGGGAGCUGUUCCUCUCACGCCAGGUCGAAACGAUGCCCGCCACCCACAUUAGAGGGAAAUGCUGUGUAACACUACUCAACGAAACAGAAUCUCUUUUGAGUUAUCUCAAUAAAGAAGAUUCAUUCUUUUAUUGUUUAGUAUUUGAUCCUGCUCAGCGUACCUUACUUGCUGACAAAGGUGAGAUAAGAGUUGGAUGCAAGUAUCAAGCUGAUGGUAUUGCACCAACGACGUUGACAGCAGCGGAAAAGGAAGCAGAUCCUCGUAGAUUACAGGAUCUUGAGACAUUAGUUUGGACACCAAGACACUCAUUAACAGACCGUCAAAUUGAUCAGUUUUUGGUUGUUAGUAGAUCAGUAGGUACAUUCGCUAGAGCUCUAGACUGCUCUUCUUCCGUAAAACAACCUUCGUUACAUAUGUCUGCUGCGGCUGCCUCUAGAGACAUUACCCUCUUCCAUGCGAUGGACACUUUACAUCGACAUAAUUAUGAUAUUGCUAAAGCAAUGUCGUCACUAGUACCGAGCACAGGUCCAGUUCUAUGUAGAGACGAAAUGGAAGAAUGGAGUGCAAGUGAAGCAAAUUUAUUUGAAGAAGCUCUUGAUAAAUAUGGAAAAGACUUUUCAGAUAUUCGUCAAGAUUUUCUACCUUGGAAAACUUUGAAAAAUGUCAUUGAGUAUUAUUACAUGUGGAAAACGACUGACCGCUACGUGCAACAGAAAAGAGUAAAGGCAGUCGAAGCUGAAAGUAAACUAAAGCAAGUUUAUAUACCAAACUAUAACAAAACUCCAGCGACUACGCCAACAGGAACGACUAUCAUGCCUCUAGGUAAUAGCAAUAACAGUAACGGAAAAGGUGUGAGCGUUCUCAAUGGCAAUAGUAACGGAAACAUCACAAGCGACAACAGCGGGAUGUUGAUGGUUGGAGUUGGUGGUAAACCUUGUGAAAGCUGCCAAGGAACGCAAAGUUCUCAGUGGUAUGCUUGGGGACCAUCACAUAUGCAAUGUAGAUUAUGUCAAUCUUGUUGGACGUAUUGGAAAAAAUAUGGUGGACUUAAAGUCCCUUCACGUAUUGACGAUGCAGAUUUAGACCGAAAAAGAAGUAGUACAGGUUCUGACGAAGAAAGCAAAGGCAUCAGCGGUGCUCACCGACCACAUCGAUGUACCAUCCCAUCAUGUGGUAAAGAGUUUAAACUCAAAGCUCACUUAAGCCGUCAUUAUGCUAGUGCUCAUGGUGUGGAUUUACGCGGGAGUGGUGCUAUGGGCGCGAGUGGUGGCAGUGGUUCUCCAAGACCUGUCAUGAAGACUCGUUCAGCAUUUUACCUUCGUACCUCGGCAUUAGCGCGUGCUGCCCGUCGAAUUUGCGCUACUCAAUUGCGCACUCGUCAUGCCGCGCGUGCUCCCCAUCAACCCGUGAAUUCGACGCCGCUACGACACGUUUGUGCAUCACCUCAACUUGCCUCAAAAACCCCAGCUGAGUUGAGACUAUUAGCACGUGCUGUGCGUCCACGACAACGUCCACGUGUUACUGACAUCGCCACGAGGCUAGGAGAUCAUCCAGUACCAAGACAACCUGGUGAUUGGGAUUGGCUUGCACUCACCGCACCCGCACAACGCAAACAGCCCGACCGCGUCUCAUUUCCAAGACCGCCUAAAGCACCUGAUGGUAGUCUUUUAUAUGAGAGAGUACCUAAUAAACCUGAGGUCGAUAGACUGCCACCGACACCACCACAACCACAACCAAUUCAAUCACAGCAGGCCAUUUUGAAACGUACAAGGUCUGCUUUCGAUGAAAUCAAUGGAUCAGAUGGCAUUGCCCUGAAUGCAGGGCUACCUGGUGCUCCACCGGCAAAACGGGCUCAUCAUUCUCAACAGCUACAUCCUAAACACGUUCUUGACCAUGUUCCACCAGCUAUUGUUCCAUUAGCACCACCAUUGAAUGGUCGAGCUGUCCAUUCACAUAAUUUUUCUCAUGGAGCGCCUUUAUCCAGAAGCAAUGCACGUAAACAAGUUAUCUCCUGGAUGGAUGCACCCGAUGAUGUAUACUUUAGGGUAUCAGAUCAAACAAAGAGAGUAAGGAGAACAUUGUCGUCGAUAGAAUUACGAAGAGCCGCACGUAAACCUUGGCGCAGGCUGCCAAACCCUCAUCCACCUCACUCCCAAAGGGCGCCGGCAACGCGCAGUGACGAUCCACGAAUGGUUGUCAUCCUUGACUGAACUUAGUAAGCACAGGAGAAUGAAGAUAAAUUUUUUUACAAGCGGGUUAUCCUCAAAUCAAUCAAUCAAUGAUAAUUAGGAUCAUGUUAAAUAGAAGGAAUCCCGAAGGAUGUUGUGGAAACUCAAGGGAGUUAGUGUGAAUUGCACGAUAACCGCGGGCUGUGUGUGAGUGUGUGAGUGUGCUGUGGUGCGACGGGGACUUCUUCAAGUGGAUAUUUUUCAAAAUCUUGAGGGAAAGAAAAAAGGAAGGAGAAAAGGACGAAUAUAAUUGAAAGAUAAAAAUGAAGAGAAAUAUUUGAUUACACUGGUAAUGAAAACUGAAGAAAUGACAAGAUUUUUGAAAUCCCAUAAUUCUGACUGCCGUAAUUGUGAAAUGCACUAUUACUGCACUACUAUACGUUUGAUCAUCAAAAAAAAAACAAGAGAUUUUAAAUGAAAAAAGAAUUAAAUGUUGAAGAAGUUAAUGGGUCGAGUCAUUCACCAUGAAAUCAUGAUUUUCUAUCGGUAUUAAUUAAUUAUUGUUGUUAUUAAUCAUAAUUAUUAUUAAUUAAAUGUACAUAAAAAAAUACACAUACAUAAACAAGCGUAUACAUGAAUUAACUAUCAUGUACACAGGUGACACGGAAUACACGCAUAAACAAUUGAUACACUCAUAGCCCAAUAAACCGUGCCCUAAAGUAUGAGCACGAAUUUAAAAAUUGAUGAAUUAGCGCUGACGUGUCGCGAGCGCUUUGAUAAUUGCGCUUACGUCUUGCUCUGAGAUAUGAAUGUCUGAGGGAGAGAAUAUGUGAGACUAUUAAUGCAAGAAAAGAAAAAUGAAAACAUACUUCUUUAGUGUAUGGAAGGGAAUGCGAGAACGAGAAAUGAAGAAUGCUCAUUGUGAAUAUUUUUAUUAAAUUUUCAAGUUUGAUGACUUCCGUCGCAACCAUUAAUAAAUAAACAUACGCAUCGCU